AUGUCUCUUGCCAUACCCCCAUCUCUCCUUCUAGAUCUCAAUUGGCGCGCUGAUCCUGUACUGGCUGGUCUCCAAGACGUCCCCCUUCCCCCUACUGUGCCUAUCUUUGUCGCCCUGGAAAAGCUUUAUUUCAUAGCCAUGUGGGCCAACUCCAAUCAGUUACCGCAUAUCAUAAAUCUACGCCGGAGUAUCAUGUACGGAGGUAUUGACGAAGAAAACCGACCUCUCCUCUUAGAGAUAAAAGCCCAGCUUGAACAGAUAAAAUCCCAGACCGAUCUUAUCGAGGUCAAAUCUGAUCUUACCGAGGUCAAAUCUGAUCUUACCGAGGUCAAAUCUGAUCUUACCGAGGUCAAAUCUGAUCUCACCGAGGUUAGAAACAUUGUCAAACGAUUGGAAACCUCAGCCAAGAUAGUGGAAGCGCAGUGCCAGACGUGA